GCUUUUAAUUGUGUUGUAUGAGAAAGGGCUAAAAUCAUCAAGAGCAAAGGAAUCUGCAAAAUUAUGGAUCUAACUCAUGAUGCCCAGGGGGAGGGAGCGAUGGAGCAGUUUCAGGCUCAAUCUCAUCUGUAUAAACAUGUCUUUAAUUACAUAGGUUCCUUGUCGCUCAAGUGUGCGGUUCAGCUGGGCAUCCCGGACAUAAUCCACAACCAUGGGCAACCCAUUACCCUUCCUGAGUUGGUCUCAAAGCUCCAAAUUCACCCUUCGAAGGCUGGUUUCGUGCCGCGGCUGAUGCGCUUACUUGUGCACUCUGGCAUCUUCGCUGCAACAGUUCGUGUCAAAAAUCAAGAAGAAGAAGAAGAAGCGUAUGAUCUUACACCUUCAUCUAGGGUCCUCAUCAAAGAUCAGGUAACCAGCUUAUCACCAUUUGUUCUGGCAAUGCUUAACCCUGCUCUAGUAACUCCAUGCCAUGAUUUGGGAAAUUGGCUUCAAGGGGAUCAGAAGUCCACUCCAUUUGAGAGUGUGCACGGGAUGAGUUUCUGGGACUAUAACGACCAAAACCCAGAAUUCAAUAGUCUUUUCAAUGAAGCAAUGGCCAGUGAUUCUGGAAUGAUGAACUUAAUUGUUAAGGACUGCAAGGCAGUUUUUGAGGGGUUGGAUACGUUGGUUGAUGUAGGGGGUGGUACAGGAACAUGCGCUAGGAUCAUUUCUGAGGAAUUCCCUCAUUUGAAAUGCACAGUUUUCGACCUUCCACACGUCGUAGCUAAUUUGGCAGCAGACAGUUUGAAGUUGAAUUAUGUUGCAGGAGACAUGUUUGAGUCUAUCCCUUCGGCGGAUGCUCUUCUACUUAAGUUGGUUUUACACGGUUGGAGCGAUGAGCAUUGCGUGAAGAUACUGAAAAAAUGCCGAGAAGCUAUUUCAAAGAAUGGAUCAAAGGGCGAGGGGAAAGUGAUAAUCAUAGACGUAGUGAUAAAUGAGAAGAAAGACGAGCAUGAAAUGACUGAAGCAAAGCUCUUCUUUGAUAUGUUGAUGAUGAUUGUGGCUUCUGGAAGAGAGAGAGAUGAGAAGGAUUUCAAAAAGCUCUUCUUGGAGGCUGGUUUCAAUCGCUACAAGAUUACACCAAUUUAUGGCUUAAGGUCCAUUAUCGAGGUUUAUCCUUAAUUAAUUAGCAACAAAAUUUAUAUAUAUAUAUAUAUAUAUAUAUAUAAAUCAAGUAUUAAUGUAAACUCUUUAAUGUUAUUCAUUUUCAUGUA